AUGGCCGGACAGAGCAAAUCGAAAUCGCCAUAUGAGUUCAUCAAGUUCGUGCCUGGCCGAUUCGAGCGCCUACAAUAUCGCACCUAUAAUUGGUUUGAAAAUCGACUAUGGCCAAUUCGGCCGACCCCUUUUGCCGGAUUGUGUCUCGCCGGUGUCGCGCUUCAAACGCAGUAUUUUAAUAAUGUCGAAUUUUGUGCCGAGAAUUAUUUGAAGAUAAUUCACGCGAUUUUAAUUUCCGUUGGUGCGACCUAUGGCGCAACGUUCUUGUUCCGUCAACUCCUAAAAUAUUGCUAUUUUUCGUACAAGGGAUUUUUGUUUGAGAACCCGAAAAAUCCAUCGAUUAAAACGAAAUUAUGGGCGGCAACUCGCCACAUUCUCGCGAAAUUCGCGAAGCCUCAGCUCUCGUCAUGCGAUUCGCUUCUUCCAAAAAUGCCGCUGCCGAAACUCGCCGACUCGGUUCACGCCUACAUCGCUUCAAUGAAACAUCUUAUCAGUCAGAAUGAAUACGAGGAGCUACAAACGAUGGGCGAUGAGUUUCUGAAGAAUGAAGGAUGGAAGUUGCAAGCCGCCGCGUGGGUAUGGCACAAGUGCACAGAGAACUAUGUGACACCGAUUUGGGAAAAGUUCAUUUAUAAUGCUGGAAGAUAUCCAUUGUUAAUUAAUUCAAGUGUCGCCCAGUGCACCAUGUACGGAAAAAGCGGAAACUUGCAAGCUUAUCAGGCGGCCCGGAUAAUUUAUAUUGAAACGAUUGCUAAUUUGUGCGUGGACCAGCAGAAAUACAUGGCGCCUGGCGGUGGUCUAAUGUCGACUAGGCAUUAUCGCAACAUGUACAAUGGAUGUCGAAUUCCCGGCGAGAAAUAUGAUCAUUUCCAAUGGAAUCCGCCUGCAAAGCAUGUGAUUCUGAUUCGAGCCGGCACACUGUAUAAAAUGGACAUUUGUGAUGAGAAAAAUCGGAUUUUCACAAUUGACGAAAUGGCAAAGAUUAUUACUGAAAUGCUCGGUCGGGAUGACAUAUCGACGGGAUCACUUUCGAAAAUCGCUAGUUUAACACAUGACGCACGUACCGAAUGGUGGCGAAAUCGCAAGAAAUUCUUCGUCGGCGUUCCCAAAAAUCGCCAACUCCUUGAUAUGAUUGAAACCGCCGCUUUUGUGAUGUCAAUUGAUGAUGAUCUCGAAUGGGACGUUGAAACGCCCGACAGACUUUCCAAAUAUAUGAAAGAUAUGCUCGCGGGAAGCGGAAUGAAUCGUUGGGUCGAUAAGACGAUGAACUACGCUGUCGAUUCAACGGGAAGGGCUGGAGCGACCGGCGAACAUUCACCAUGCGAUGGAGCUGAACUCGAUCAUCUUUGCGAGAACGUUCUCAAGUGCGAUCGCGACAUUCUGCCGAUGCUUUCGAUCGAUGAGCAACAAAAAGUGGUGAAGCUCACUGACGAGGAACGCGGCACGUUGAAGCUCGUCGAGAAGCUCGACUUCGAGCUUGUUGAUGGAAUGGAGCAUGAGAUUGAGCGUUGCUAUAAAGCGCAUAUUCAAGCAACGAAUAAUUUGGAUUUGUACUCGUUGGCGUUUUUGGAUUUCGGCAAAGGUUUGAUCAAGAAGUGCGGAAUUUCGCCCGAUGGAUUCUUGCAAAUGGCGAUUCAACUAGCCAGUUAUCAGGAAAAUCAAGGCAAGUUCGUGCUCACCUAUGAGCCAGGAGCAGUUCGUUCGUUUGCGAAUAGCCGUACCGAGACAGUUCGUCCGGUCACCGAUGCCUCUUGCAAGUUCGUCACUUCAAUGUUUGACGAUGACGUCACAAAAGAGGAGCGUUGCCGUCUUCUACGCGAAGCUUGCGAUGUUCACGUGAACAAUUGCAAGAACGUGCUGGUCGGAAACGGAUUUGAUCGCCACUUGUUCGUGCUAUGCGUCAUUGCGAAGGCAUUUGGCUAUGAGAGCAAGUUCCUGGAGCACUUCGCCUCGCAGAAAUGGAUCUUGAGCACGAGCAACAUUCCAAAUAUGACCAACUCCAUCGACGAAGACAAAUCGGUCGACUCGAUUUGCAUUGGAGCCUCAUUCGGAGCAGUAGCUGAAAAUGGAUACGGAAUUUGCUAUCGAUUCGCCGGCAACCAGGCAAUAAUGGUCCAUAUCACCUCAUAUCAUUCAUCGGAGAACACGAAUUCCGCACGAUUCGCGCAAUUACUCAAAGACGCGUUCUAUUCGCUGGCGGAUUUGUUCGACAACUCCAAAAAUAAUAAUGACACAAAGUGA